AUGAAGAAGAAAGUUUCGUAUCACAUUGACAUAGAUGGCAUUAUAGCUGAAUCCCAGAGUGAGUGUGCUGCUAGAAAUGUACCUACUAUAUGUAAGGCAACUGAUAGAACAAACCUUGAAAAACUUUUUAAGUCCAUGACUGAACCUUCCCAAGACAUACAAGCUGCUCCUCUUAUCUAUGGAAAGAAGUUUGAAAAAUUUGCUAUUGACGAAUUUGUUAAACACAGGAUACAGUCGACCAAUGUGGAACAUUUGUUUGUAAAGGAACCACAGGCAUUGGACGAAGAAUUCGAAUGUCCCAAAUUAGAAGUCAAACGUGUCCCUAAUACGCAUAAACAGGCUAGAAUACCUCUUAACAAUCCCUUUAAUGAUAAAACAUGUUUAACAUUUGAUUCUUAUAGUUUAGCUGGUAUAGAAGCUAGAGUUGUGAAUCGAUGGCAAUUUCAUACAGAAGCCAUAAAUUGGGCUGAUGUAAUAUUUUCAGCAGGGGGAGAUGGAACAUUUCUAUUGGCUGCGAGUAAAAUAAUGGAUAAAUCAAAACCCAUUAUAGGUAUUAAUACUGAUCCAGAAAGGUAA